AUGAUGGGAUCCAUGGGGGGCCCAACGGGGGCCUACGACCCUGGCAUGCCCUCUGGAUUUUCCUCGUCCUAUCAGCCUUCUCCCGGCCUGGGUCCCUACAUGGAAGCUCCUCUGCCUCCGACGGAAGCUGGAUAUGAUCUGGUGACCGUGACGCCGGGCGGAUUGCAGGUUACCCCCCUGGGCAACGCGCCUUUGCCUGCCGGAGUUCCGAUCGUGAAUCCGGCGCAUGUAUCCAUGCACCAGUUUACGUGA